AAUGAGUGCUUGCCAGGUAUUUGUCUAAACAACGGGACUUGUACAGACCUUGUGAAUGACUACCAGUGCGACUGCGUUUCUGGAUUUAAUGGAACAAAUUGUGAAAAUAAUAUCGAUGACUGCCAAGCAGAACCUUGUCAAAACAAUGGAACCUGUACAGACCUGGUCAACGACUACCAAUGUGUUUGUAUUGCAGGAUUCAAUGGAACAAAUUGUGAAAACAAUAUCGAUGACUGCCAAGCAGAACCUUGUCAAAACAAUGGAACCUGUACAGACCUGGUCAACGACUACCAAUGUGUUUGUAUUGCAGGAUUCAAUGGAACAAAUUGUGAAAACAAUAUCGAUGACUGCCAAGCAGAACCUUGUCAAAACAAUGGAACCUGUACAGACCUGGUCAACGACUACCAAUGUGUUUGUAUUGCAGGAUUCAAUGGAACAAAUUGUGAAAACAAUAUUGACGAGUGUUCCCAAGGUCCCUGUCAAAACAACGGAUCUUGUACAGACCUGGUCAACGACUACUAUUGCGAUUGUGUUCCUGGAUUCAACGGAACAAAUUGUGAAAACAUGAUCAAUGAGUGCUUGCCAGGUAUUUGUCUAAACAACGGGACUUGUACAGACCUUGUGAAUGACUACCAGUGCGACUGCGUUUCUGGAUUUAAUGGAACAAAUUGUGAAAAUAAUAUCGAUGACUGCCAAGCAGAACCUUGUCAAAACAAUGGAACCUGUACAGACCUGGUCAACGACUACCAAUGUGUUUGUAUUGCAGGAUUCAAUGGAACAAAUUGUGAAAACAAUAUCGAUGACUGCCAAGCAGAACCUUGUCAAAACAAUGGAACCUGUACAGACCUGGUCAACGACUACCAAUGUGUUUGUAUUGCAGGAUUCAAUGGAACAAAUUGUGAAAACAAUAUUGAUGACUGCUCACCGGAUCCCUGUCAAAACAACGGAACCUGUACAGACCUGGUCAACGACUACCACUGCGAUUGUGUUCCUGGAUUUAAUGGGACAAACUGUGAAAACGAUAUUGACGAGUGUUCCCAAGGUCCCUGUCAAAACAACGGAUCUUGUACAGACCUGGUCAACGACUACUAUUGCGAUUGUGUUCCUGGAUUCAACGGAACAAAUUGUGAAAACAUGAUCAAUGAGUGCUUGCCAGGUAUUUGUCUAAACAACGGGACUUGUACAGACCUUGUGAAUGACUACCAGUGCGACUGCGUUUCUGGAUUUAACGGAACAAAUUGUGAAAAUAAUAUUGAUGACUGCUCACCGGAUCCCUGUCAAAACAACGGAACCUGUACAGACCUGGUCAACGACUACCACUGCGAUUGUGUUCCUGGAUUUAAUGGGACAAACUGUGAAAACGAUAUCGAUGACUGCCAAGCAGAACCUUGUCAAAACAAUGGAACCUGUACAGACCUGGUCAACGACUACCAAUGUGUUUGUAUUGCAGGAUUCAAUGGAACAAAUUGUGAAAACAAUAUUGAUGACUGCUCACCGGAUCCCUGUCAAAACAACGGAACCUGUACAGACCUGGUCAACGACUACCACUGCGAUUGUGUUCCUGGAUUUAAUGGGACAAACUGUGAAAACGAUAUUGACGAGUGUUCCCAAGGUCCCUGUCAAAACAACGGAUCUUGUACAGACCUGGUCAACGACUACCAUUGCGAUUGUGUUCCUGGAUUCAACGGAACAAAUUGUGAAAACAUGAUCAAUGAGUGCUUGCCAGGUACUUGUCUAAACAACGGGACUUGUACAGACCUUGUGAAUGACUACCAGUGCGACUGCGUUUCUGGAUUUAAUGGAACAAAUUGUGAAAAUAAUAUUGAUGACUGCUCACCGGAUCCCUGUCAAAACAACGGAACCUGUACAGACCUGGUCAACGACUACCACUGCGAUUGUGUUCCUGGAUUUAAUGGGACAAACUGUGAAAACGAUAUCGAUGACUGCCAAGCAGAACCUUGUCAAAACAAUGGAACCUGUACAGACCUGGUCAACGACUACCAAUGUGUUUGUAUUGCAGGAUUCAAUGGAACAAAUUGUGAAAACAAUAUUGAUGACUGCUCACCGGAUCCCUGUCAAAACAACGGAACCUGUACAGACCUGGUCAACGACUACCACUGCGAUUGUGUUCCUGGAUUUAAUGGGACAAACUGUGAAAACGAUAUUGACGAGUGUUCCCAAGGUCCCUGUCAAAACAACGGAUCUUGUACAGACCUGGUCAACGACUACCAUUGCGAUUGUGUUCCUGGAUUCAACGGAACAAAUUGUGAAAACAUGAUCAAUGAGUGCUUGCCAGGUACUUGUCUAAACAACGGGACUUGUACAGACCUUGUGAAUGACUACCAGUGCGACUGCGUUUCUGGAUUUAAUGGAACAAAUUGUGAAAAUAAUAUUGAUGACUGCUCACCGGAUCCCUGUCAAAACAACGGAACCUGUACAGACCUGGUCAACGACUACCACUGCGAUUGUGUUCCUGGAUUUAAUGGGACAAACUGUGAAAACGAUAUCGAUGACUGCCAAGCAGAACCUUGUCAAAACAAUGGAACCUGUACAGACCUGGUCAACGACUACCAAUGUGUUUGUAUUGCAGGAUUCAAUGGAACAAAUUGUGAAAACAAUAUUGAUGACUGCUCACCGGAUCCCUGUCAAAACAACGGAACCUGUACAGACCUGGUCAACGACUACCACUGCGAUUGUGUUCCUGGAUUUAAUGGGACAAACUGUGAAAACGAUAUUGACGAGUGUUCCCAAGGUCCCUGUCAAAACAACGGAUCUUGUACAGACCUGGUCAACGACUACUAUUGCGAUUGUGUUCCUGGAUUCAACGGAACAAAUUGUGAAAACAUGAUCAAUGAGUGCUUGCCAGGUACUUGUCUAAACAACGGGACUUGUACAGACCUUGUGAAUGACUACCAGUGCGACUGCGUUUCUGGAUUUAAUGGAACAAAUUGUGAAAAUAAUAUUGAUGACUGCUCACCGGAUCCCUGUCAAAACAACGGAACCUGUACAGACCUGGUCAACGACUACCACUGCGAUUGUGUUCCUGGAUUUAAUGGGACAAACUGUGAAAACGAUAUCGAUGACUGCCAAGCAGAACCUUGUCAAAACAAUGGAACCUGUACAGACCUGGUCAACGACUACCAAUGUGUUUGUAUUGCAGGAUUCAAUGGAACAAAUUGUGAAAACAAUAUCGAUGACUGCCAAGCAGAACCUUGUCAAAACAAUGGAACCUGUACAGACCUGGUCAACGACUACCAAUGUGUUUGUAUUGCAGGAUUCAAUGGAACAAAUUGUGAAAACAAUAUUGACGAGUGUUCCCAAGGUCCCUGUCAAAACAACGGAUCUUGUACAGACCUGGUCAACGACUACUAUUGCGAUUGUGUUCCUGGAUUCAACGGAACAAAUUGUGAAAACAUGAUCAAUGAGUGCUUGCCAGGUAUUUGUCUAAACAACGGGACUUGUACAGACCUUGUGAAUGACUACCAGUGCGACUGCGUUUCUGGAUUUAAUGGAACAAAUUGUGAAAAUAAUAUUGAUGACUGCUCACCGGAUCCCUGUCAAAACAACGGAACCUGUACAGACCUGGUCAACGACUACCACUGCGAUUGUGUUCCUGGAUUUAAUGGGACAAACUGUGAAAACGAUAUCGAUGACUGCCAAGCAGAACCUUGUCAAAACAAUGGAACCUGUACAGACCUGGUCAACGACUACCAAUGUGUUUGUAUUGCAGGAUUCAAUGGAACAAAUUGUGAAAACAAUAUUGAUGACUGCUCACCGGAUCCCUGUCAAAACAACGGAACCUGUACAGACCUGGUCAACGACUACCACUGCGAUUGUGUUCCUGGAUUUAAUGGGACAAACUGUGAAAACGAUAUUGACGAGUGUUCCCAAGGUCCCUGUCAAAACAACGGAUCUUGUACAGACCUGGUCAACGACUACUAUUGCGAUUGUGUUCCUGGAUUCAACGGAACAAAUUGUGAAAACAUGAUCAAUGAGUGCUUGCCAGGUAUUUGUCUAAACAACGGGACUUGUACAGACCUUGUGAAUGACUACCAGUGCGACUGCGUUUCUGGAUUUAAUGGAACAAAUUGUGAAAAUAAUAUUGAUGACUGCUCACCGGAUCCCUGUCAAAACAACGGAACCUGUACAGACCUGGUCAACGACUACCACUGCGAUUGUGUUCCUGGAUUUAAUGGGACAAACUGUGAAAACGAUAUCGAUGACUGCCAAGCAGAACCUUGUCAAAACAAUGGAACCUGUACAGACCUGGUCAACGACUACCAAUGUGUUUGUAUUGCAGGAUUCAAUGGAACAAAUUGUGAAAACAAUAUCGAUGACUGCCAAGCAGAACCUUGUCAAAACAAUGGAACCUGUACAGACCUGGUCAACGACUACCAAUGUGUUUGUAUUGCAGGAUUCAAUGGAACAAAUUGUGAAAACAAUAUUGACGAGUGUUCCCAAGGUCCCUGUCAAAACAACGGAUCUUGUACAGACCUGGUCAACGACUACUAUUGCGAUUGUGUUCCUGGAUUCAACGGAACAAAUUGUGAAAACAUGAUCAAUGAGUGCUUGCCAGGUAUUUGUCUAAACAACGGGACUUGUACAGACCUUGUGAAUGACUACCAGUGCGACUGCGUUUCUGGAUUUAAUGGAACAAAUUGUGAAAAUAAUAUUGAUGACUGCUCACCGGAUCCCUGUCAAAACAACGGAACCUGUACAGACCUGGUCAACGACUACCACUGCGAUUGUGUUCCUGGAUUUAAUGGGACAAACUGUGAAAACGAUAUCGAUGACUGCCAAGCAGAACCUUGUCAAAACAAUGGAACCUGUACAGACCUGGUCAACGACUACCAAUGUGUUUGUAUUGCAGGAUUCAAUGGAACAAAUUGUGAAAACAAUAUUGAUGACUGCUCACCGGAUCCCUGUCAAAACAACGGAACCUGUACAGACCUGGUCAACGACUACCACUGCGAUUGUGUUCCUGGAUUUAAUGGGACAAACUGUGAAAACGAUAUUGACGAGUGUUCCCAAGGUCCCUGUCAAAACAACGGAUCUUGUACAGACCUGGUCAACGACUACUAUUGCGAUUGUGUUCCUGGAUUCAACGGAACAAAUUGUGAAAACAUGAUCAAUGAGUGCUUGCCAGGUAUUUGUCUAAACAACGGGACUUGUACAGACCUUGUGAAUGACUACCAGUGCGACUGCGUUUCUGGAUUUAAUGGAACAAAUUGUGAAAAUAAUAUUGAUGACUGCUCACCGGAUCCCUGUCAAAACAACGGAACCUGUACAGACCUGGUCAACGACUACCACUGCGAUUGUGUUCCUGGAUUUAAUGGGACAAACUGUGAAAACGAUAUCGAUGACUGCCAAGCAGAACCUUGUCAAAACAAUGGAACCUGUACAGACCUGGUCAACGACUACCAAUGUGUUUGUAUUGCAGGAUUCAAUGGAACAAAUUGUGAAAACAAUAUUGAUGACUGCUCACCGGAUCCCUGUCAAAACAACGGAACCUGUACAGACCUGGUCAACGACUACCACUGCGAUUGUGUUCCUGGAUUUAAUGGGACAAACUGUGAAAACGAUAUUGACGAGUGCUCCCAAGGUCCCUGUCAAAACAACGGAUCUUGUACAGACCUGGUCAACGACUACUAUUGCGAUUGUGUUCCUGGAUUCAACGGAACAAAUUGUGAAAACAUGAUCAAUGAGUGCUUGCCAGGUAUUUGUCUAAACAACGGGACUUGUACAGACCUUGUGAAUGACUACCAGUGCGACUGCGUUUCUGGAUUUAAUGGAACAAAUUGUGAAAAUAAUAUUGAUGACUGCUCACCGGAUCCCUGUCAAAACAACGGAACCUGUACAGACCUGGUCAACGACUACCACUGCGAUUGUGUUCCUGGAUUUAAUGGGACAAACUGUGAAAACGAUAUCGAUGACUGCCAAGCAGAACCUUGUCAAAACAAUGGAACCUGUACAGACCUGGUCAACGACUACCAAUGUGUUUGUAUUGCAGGAUUCAAUGGAACAAAUUGUGAAAACAAUAUUGAUGACUGCUCACCGGAUCCCUGUCAAAACAACGGAACCUGUACAGACCUGGUUAACGACUACCACUGCGAUUGUGUUCCUGGAUUUAAUGGGACAAACUGUGAAAACGAUAUUGACGAGUGUUCCCAAGGUCCCUGUCAAAACAACGGAUCUUGUACAGACCUGGUCAACGACUACUAUUGCGAUUGUGUUCCUGGAUUCAACGGAACAAAUUGUGAAAACAUGAUCAAUGAGUGCUUGCCAGGUAUUUGUCUAAACAACGGGACUUGUACAGACCUUGUGAAUGACUACCAGUGCGACUGCGUUUCUGGAUUUAAUGGAACAAAUUGUGAAAAUAAUAUUGAUGACUGCUCACCGGAUCCCUGUCAAAACAACGGAACCUGUACAGACCUGGUUAACGACUACCACUGCGAUUGUGUUCCUGGAUUUAAUGGGACAAACUGUGAAAACGAUAUCGAUGACUGCCAAGCAGAACCUUGUCAAAACAAUGGAACCUGUACAGACCUGGUCAACGACUACCAAUGUGUUUGUAUUGCAGGAUUCAAUGGAACAAAUUGUGAAAACAAUAUUGACGAGUGUUCCCAAGGUCCCUGUCAAAACAACGGAUCUUGUACAGACCUGGUCAACGACUACUAUUGCGAUUGUGUUCCUGGAUUCAACGGAACAAAUUGUGAAAACAAUAUUGAUGACUGCUCACCGGAUCCCUGUCAAAACAACGGAACCUGUACAGACCUGGUCAACGACUACCACUGCGAUUGUGUUCCUGGAUUUAAUGGGACAAACUGUGAAAACGUGAUCAAUGAGUGCUUGCCAGGUAUUUGUCUAAACAACGGGACUUGUACAGACCUUGUGAAUGACUACCAGUGCGACUGCGUUUCUGGAUUUAAUGGAACAAAUUGUGAAAAUAAUAUUGAUGACUGCUCACCGGAUCCCUGUCAAAACAACGGAACCUGUACAGACCUGGUCAACGACUACCACUGCGAUUGUGUUCCUGGAUUUAAUGGGACAAACUGUGAAAACGAUAUCGAUGACUGCCAAGCAGAACCUUGUCAAAACAAUGGAACCUGUACAGACCUGGUCAACGACUACCAAUGUGUUUGUAUUGCAGGAUUCAAUGGAACAAAUUGUGAAAACAAUAUUGACGAGUGCUCCCAAGGUCCCUGUCAAAACAACGGAUCUUGUACAGACCUGGUCAACGACUACUAUUGCGAUUGUGUUCCUGGAUUCAACGGAACAAAUUGUGAAAACAAUAUUGAUGACUGCUCACCGGAUCCCUGUCAAAACAACGGAACCUGUACAGACCUGGUCAACGACUACCACUGCGAUUGUGUUCCUGGAUUUAAUGGGACAAACUGUGAAAACGUGAUCAAUGAGUGCUUGCCAGGUAUUUGUCUAAACAACGGGACUUGUACAGACCUUGUGAAUGACUACCAGUGCGACUGCGUUUCUGGAUUUAAUGGAACAAAUUGUGAAAAUAAUAUUGAUGACUGCUCACCGGAUCCCUGUCAAAACAACGGAACCUGUACAGACCUGGUCAACGACUACCACUGCGAUUGUGUUCCUGGAUUUAAUGGGACAAACUGUGAAAACGAUAUCGAUGACUGCCAAGCAGAACCUUGUCAAAACAAUGGAACCUGUACAGACCUGGUCAACGACUACCAAUGUGUUUGUAUUGCAGGAUUCAAUGGAACAAAUUGUGAAAACAAUAUUGAUGACUGCUCACCGGAUCCCUGUCAAAACAACGGAACCUGUACAGACCUGGUCAACGACUACCACUGCGAUUGUAUUCCUGGAUUUAAUGGGACAAACUGUGAAAACGAUAUUGAUGACUGCUCACCGGAUCCCUGUCAAAACAACGGAACCUGUACAGACCUGGUCAACGACUACCACUGCGAUUGUGUUCCUGGAUUUAAUGGGACAAACUGUGAAAACGUGAUCAAUGAGUGCUUGCCAGGUAUUUGUCUAAACAACGGGACUUGUACAGACCUUGUGAAUGACUACCAGUGCGACUGCGUUUCUGGAUUUAAUGGAACAAAUUGUGAAAAUAAUAUUGAUGACUGCUCACCGGAUCCCUGUCAAAACAACGGAACCUGUACAGACCUGGUCAACGACUACCACUGCGAUUGUGUUCCUGGAUUUAAUGGGACAAACUGUGAAAACGAUAUCGAUGACUGCCAAGCAGAACCUUGUCAAAACAAUGGAACCUGUACAGACCUGGUCAACGACUACCAAUGUGUUUGUAUUGCAGGAUUCAAUGGAACAAAUUGUGAAAACAAUAUUGACGAGUGUUCCCAAGGUCCCUGUCAAAACAACGGAUCUUGUACAGACCUGGUCAACGACUACUAUUGCGAUUGUGUUCCUGGAUUCAACGGAACAAAUUGUGAAAACAAUAUUGAUGACUGCUCACCGGAUCCCUGUCAAAACAACGGAACCUGUACAGACCUGGUCAACGACUACCACUGCGAUUGUGUUCCUGGAUUUAAUGGGACAAACUGUGAAAACGUGAUCAAUGAGUGCUUGCCAGGUAUUUGUCUAAACAACGGGACUUGUACAGACCUUGUGAAUGACUACCAGUGCGACUGCGUUUCUGGAUUUAAUGGAACAAAUUGUGAAAAUAAUAUUGAUGACUGCUCACCGGAUCCCUGUCAAAACAACGGAACCUGUACAGACCUGGUCAACGACUACCACUGCGAUUGUGUUCCUGGAUUUAAUGGGACAAACUGUGAAAACGAUAUCGAUGACUGCCAAGCAGAACCUUGUCAAAACAAUGGAACCUGUACAGACCUGGUCAACGACUACCAAUGUGUUUGUAUUGCAGGAUUCAAUGGAACAAAUUGUGAAAACAAUAUUGACGAGUGUUCCCAAGGUCCCUGUCAAAACAACGGAUCUUGUACAGACCUGGUCAACGACUACUAUUGCGAUUGUGUUCCUGGAUUCAACGGAACAAAUUGUGAAAACAAUAUUGAUGACUGCUCACCGGAUCCCUGUCAAAACAACGGAACCUGUACAGACCUGGUCAACGACUACCACUGCGAUUGUGUUCCUGGAUUUAAUGGGACAAACUGUGAAAACGUGAUCAAUGAGUGCUUGCCAGGUAUUUGUCUAAACAACGGGACUUGUACAGACCUUGUGAAUGACUACCAGUGCGACUGCGUUUCUGGAUUUAAUGGAACAAAUUGUGAAAAUAAUAUUGAUGACUGCUCACCGGAUCCCUGUCAAAACAACGGAACCUGUACAGACCUGGUCAACGACUACCACUGCGAUUGUGUUCCUGGAUUUAAUGGGACAAACUGUGAAAACGAUAUCGAUGACUGCCAAGCAGAACCUUGUCAAAACAAUGGAACCUGUACAGACCUGGUCAACGACUACCAAUGUGUUUGUAUUGCAGGAUUCAAUGGAACAAAUUGUGAAAACAAUAUUGACGAGUGUUCCCAAGGUCCCUGUCAAAACAACGGAUCUUGUACAGACCUGGUCAACGACUACUAUUGCGAUUGUGUUCCUGGAUUCAACGGAACAAAUUGUGAAAACAAUAUUGAUGACUGCUCACCGGAUCCCUGUCAAAACAACGGAACCUGUACAGACCUGGUCAACGACUACCACUGCGAUUGUGUUCCUGGAUUUAAUGGGACAAACUGUGAAAACGUGAUCAAUGAGUGCUUGCCAGGUAUUUGUCUAAACAACGGGACUUGUACAGACCUUGUGAAUGACUACCAGUGCGACUGCGUUUCUGGAUUUAAUGGAACAAAUUGUGAAAAUAAUAUUGAUGACUGCUCACCGGAUCCCUGUCAAAACAACGGAACCUGUACAGACCUGGUCAACGACUACCACUGCGAUUGUGUUCCUGGAUUUAAUGGGACAAACUGUGAAAACGAUAUCGAUGACUGCCAAGCAGAACCUUGUCAAAACAAUGGAACCUGUACAGACCUGGUCAACGACUACCAAUGUGUUUGUAUUGCAGGAUUCAAUGGAACAAAUUGUGAAAACAAUAUUGACGAGUGUUCCCAAGGUCCCUGUCAAAACAACGGAUCUUGUACAGACCUGGUCAACGACUACUAUUGCGAUUGUGUUCCUGGAUUCAACGGAACAAAUUGUGAAAACAAUAUUGAUGACUGCUCCCAAGAUCCCUGUCAAAACAACGGAACCUGUAUAGACCAGGUCAACCACUUCCAAUGCGCUUGUGUUCCAGGAUACAAUGGAACAACGUGUGAAAACACAAUAGAAACAGAAAUAUCAACAACCACAACUGUUGAGCCAGCAAAAGUAGAACCACAAAUAAAUGAGCCACUUGCCUUUGGAGCAGAAGCUAGUGAUUCUGUUUUGACCGGUGAUGAUGUCACCUCUCCAGCAUUAACAUCGCCAACAUUGCUUCAGUUCGGAAAUGGUUUAUUAGAUGGGUUUGAUGAAGUAUACAUUGGAACCAACGGUAUCAUUGGAUUGGGAGACAGAUAUAAUAGUUUUUCAAUUGAAGAUAUGGAUUCGAUAAAUUUGAUGGAGCGUAAAAUUAUCUGUCCAUACUGGAUCGACCUAAUGACUCAUGGAAGUGAAUCAGCAGUAUACUACAAUGUUUACAAAAGUGAAAACAAAAAUGAUGCAGGGAUUUUGAGCAAAGUUGACAAAAUAAUCCAUGACACAUUUAAGGAUUUUAAAACGUUUCGUUCGUCGAUUGUCUUCAAGGCAACUUGGAGCAAUAUGGCAUUUUACAUUGACAAUUCAAAGAGAGUUUCAUUCCAAAUACUUAUUGUUUCGGAUGGCCAAAAUUUAUUUAGCGUAACAAACUAUAUAAACAUCAAUAUUCAAGUUCUACAAGGAAGUCACGUCUCAAUUGGCCACAGAUACAGAGCGUUCAGGGGCAAAAAUACAUAUUCGUGGAAAAAUGCUGCAUUUAGAAUGUCAUCUGUUCCCGGAAAUACUGGAUAUAACGGAUUCUGGGUUCAGAAAUUGACAGAUGAUAACAUUAAGAUUAAUCCACUCGAGAAAGAGUGCUACAGCUGGUAUUCAAGACAAACCUUGUCUAGAAGACCAAAUGCAUGGUGGUUAACAUGUCCAUGUACUGGUACAGCCAUGAGAUUUUUCGGGUUCCAGUUUGCUUUUUAUCGGACUGAGCCAGGCAUGGCAUGCUAUGUUUCGCUUACAUUCGGAACCACCUUGGAGUGUUGUUAUUCAGUGUUCGGAUUCUUCUCAUUAGGCCCAUUAAUAAGGCGAAUUCCUGAUGCGGGUUCUACCCUUUCGGCAAAUCCGUUUUUCCAACCUGUAGACUAUUAUAUAGAGAACCAGAGACCAAAAGAGGCCUGCUGUGCAUCUGGACACUGCGAUUGGUAUUACACCUAUAGACCUAGGCCCUUUUUCUGUUCAAGGUUUAUCCCAGUGAGAACAGCCUGGUUCUGGGGAGAUCCGCAUAUCAACACUUUAGACGGUGGACAAUACACUUUUAAUGGUUACGGUGAAUACACAAUGAUGAAAAUAGACCACAAUGGCACACAGUUUGAACUCCAAGCCCGAACAGAUUUAGCAACUACUGCCAAUGGCACAACAAUAAACGCGACAAUAUUCAGUGCUUUCGUAGCCAAGGAUCAUACAGGUUCAAUCGUUCAAGUGGAAAUGUCAAGAAACAGAGAUAAGAUGUACGUGCGUGCAAAUGGUAGAGAUGUAACAACAGAAAUAGACAGUAAUCCUGAUUUUGUGUUAAGAACAAUCAACAUGACAUUGUCCAAAGAUAAUGGAACAGUGGUGGCAUCCUUUGUUCAAAGCGCAAUUACCAUCAAAAUUAGUUUGGGCGUCCGAUUUCUUACAUCGGAAACGAUGGUAGAUGAAAGAUAUCAUGGCAAAGUGGUAGGAUUGAUGGGAAAUUUCGAUGGAAACUCCACCAAUGAUUUUGUUCUUCCUAAUAACACUAUACUGUAUGGUAGUACAGUAAAUUCCGAACGAAAAAUAUACGAAAAUUUUGGACAACUUUGGUCGAUUAACAGCAACACAUCGUACUUUCAUUAUGAUACUGGGCUGUCUCAUGCUAAUUACACGCACCCAGAAUUCGUGCCAUUCUACAUCGACGAACAACCACAGGACAAAGUAAACAGAUCCAGAGAAGUAUGUGGUGGUGCCAGUGCCUCACAGGCCUGUAUAUUUGAUUACCUUGCUACAGGUGACGAAUCCUUGGCCAAAUCUUCAGGGGAUGAUGCAGAGACUUCUGCACGUGAUACAGCAACUUUAGAAAAUGAGUCUCCGCAGAUCAGUGGUGACUCGCAGAUCAAUGCACAAGUUAACCGAUCUGUGGAACUUAAAUUCAAUGCUACCGAUGAUGGGACGUUCGUAUACAGGAUAAUUCAGCAACCUCCUGGAUUCUCCUUUAAUAAUAAUAGUGGUAUAGCUAGAUGGACACCCCAAGAUGACAGUGUUACAAACAUAAGCAUUACUGUUGUGGAUGAUAAAGGAGAAGAGGCGGCUCCCAUAGACGUGGCUAUUGUCCUCUGUUCUGGUUGUAAUGACCACGGGACAUGUGAUUACAACACCACACGGACGUCUACCAGUGAUAUGUUUAAAUACGCGGCCUGCAACUGUACCAUUGGAUAUUCAGGACAGGACUGUGAGAACGAUACCGAUGGCUGUGCUGCAACUCCAUGUGCCUUAGGUAGAACCUGUGUAGAUAUAAAGGCUGAAGAUGAAGCAGUAUUAGGGCGAGGAUACAAUUGUUCCGAUUGUCCACCGGGGUAUAAAAUAGUAGAUGAAAAAUGUGAAGAUAUAAAUGAAUGUAAUAGUACAACAUCCAAUACCUGCGACGAUGCGACGGAAUACUGUGUUAAUAGUGAAGGCAGCUUUGAAUGCAACUGUAAUCGUGGAUUUAGGAAAGUUGGAAGUAUAUGUCAAGAUAUCGAUGAAUGUACGGAGAGUACCUCUGGGUGUGAACAGCUCUGUACUAACAGUGCAGGGUCUUUUGAAUGCUCUUGUAUCAGCGGAUAUAUACUAAACAGUGACAACAAAACAUGCACAGGAACAAGUAACUGUCCUGGAUUAAAUUGUGAAUACGCAUGUAAUAACGAUUCCGACGCAAGGCCUGUAUGCAUAUGCAAGAAUGGAUAUGAAUUGAAGGAUAGCGAAAAUUGUACAGAUAUUGAUGAGUGCAAGAUGGGAGGAGUCUGUUCACAGGAUUGUGAAAACCUUAAUGGUUCCUACAUAUGCUCUUGUUAUGCUGGUUAUUCAUUAAACGACGAUAGAACGACUUGUUCAGCAUGUGAGCCUCCAAACUAUGGCGUGAAUUGCCAAAGCAUAUGCAGCUGUGGUCAAGGUAUGGAGAGGUGUGAUCCAGUCACGGGAUGCGUGUGUAAGUCUGGUUGGACUGGAAGUAAUUGUGAUACGGACAUCAAUGAAUGUACCACAAACCCAACUAUUUGCGGAAGUGAUAAAAUAUGCCAAAAUCUGGAUGGAUCACAUGCUUGUAACUGUAGAAAUGGCUAUGAAAAAGAUUCCAACGACAACUGUAUUGAUAUAAAUGAAUGUGGAAUAGUCACGUCGAAUAAUUGUUCAACUUCAACUUCUAUCUGUAAAAAUAAAGAUGGGGGAUACGUUUGCGAGUGCAAAUCUGGAUUCACACAGAAAAACUUGUAUGAAUGUGAAGAUUUUAACGAGUGUACAGCCGGAAUAGAUGGUUGCAGCCAGACAUGUUUAAACGUGGACGGAGGCUACAAUUGCGAAUGUGAAUUCGGGUAUACGUUAGGAGACGAUAGGAAAACGUGCAUUAAAGUACAAGACAUAUGUUCAUUGUUUCCUCAACUUAACUGUACCUAUGGAUGUAAAGCAAACGGAACCCGGGGAUCGUGCUUUUGUCCCGCUGGCUUUUUGCUGAAUGCACAGAAUCACAGAUCUUGCAUCGAUAUCGAUGAAUGCAAUGACGCCAGUUUAAAUCAAUGUACUUUUCCAAACCUGUGCGUGAAUGUAGAUGGGACAUAUAACUGCUCAUGUCCUGAUUAUCAUGUUCUUGAAAACGAUGGACGAACUUGUAAAGAGUGUGACGGGUUUUCGUUUGGAAAGACAUGCGAGAAUGUCUGCAAUUGUGGAAUUGGAUCCUCUAGAUGUGACAAAGAGAAGGGUUGUGUCUGUUUAUCGGGCUGGACAGGAGUAGAAUGUGAUCUCGAUAUUGAUGAGUGUGCAGCUUCUACAAACCCAUGUACUUCUAAUCACCAAGUUUGCCAAAACUCCCCUGGGUCUUAUAAAUGCAUUUGCGAAACGGGAUUCAUGAACGAAUCAGGACUGUGUAAAGAUAUCAAUGAAUGCGAAAAUUCACCAUGCAGCCAAAUUUGUACGAACACUGAAGGGAGUUAUUCGUGUAGUUGUAACAACGGAUUCCGUAUGUCUGCAAACUCAGAAUGUAUGGACUAUGACGAGUGUCUGGCACCAGUCAGCCCCUGUGAUCAACAAUGUACCAACACUAUAGGAAGUUACAAAUGCUCCUGCAACGACGGAUUCAUUCUCAAUUCUACUUCUAGAACAACUUGCUAUGCAAAAACUGAGUGCACGAACACAGCGCUCAACUGUUCGCAAAAAUGCGGAGUUAAACCAGGGGGAGUAGAAUACUGUUUUUGCAACGUUGGAUAUUCUUUAAAUGCAAACCAAAUGUCAUGUGAUGAUAUCGACGAUUGCCAACCUAACCCAUGUUCUGAAAACUGCAAUCAAAAUGCACCUGGACAGGGAUAUAAUUGCUCUUGUGCUCCAGGAAAGAAGCUAGACAUUGAUCAGAGAUCUUGUAUAGACUGUGAAAACGGAAGAUAUGGAGACAAAUGUAGCUUAAACUGCGCAUGCAACGUCGAAAACACAAUUGUGUGUGAUAAAGUAUCAGGAAACUGCACCUGUAAACCUGGUUGGGAAGGAAUGUACUGUACAGAGGAUAUUGACGAAUGUAAAAAUACGUCUAUUUGUCCUGAAAAUUCGGUGUGUCAAAACACAAAUGGUUCGUUUUCUUGUGUUUGUGAUUCAGGGUAUUCUCAAGCUGCUGGAAAAUGUGUUGAGUGUGCUUUGAAUACCUAUGGUCAAAAUUGUGCAAGUCAGUGUUUGUGUGAUUUCUCAAACACACAGUUAUGUGACAAGAAAAAUGGAACUUGCUAUUGUAAAGAGGGAUGGCAAGGUGCUAGCUGUACAGAAGACGUUCUCGAGUGUGCUAACACGACCAUCUGUGGUUCAAACGCUCGGUGCUCGGAGACCAACGGAUCUUACAUAUGUAAUUGCGAUGUUGGAUAUAAAAAGGAUGCAUUUGGGUCUUGUGUCGAUGUUGAUGAAUGUUCACUUGGAUCUGAUACUUGCCACGAAAAUGCCGAUUGUGCUAAUACUGUAGGAAAUUUUACGUGUUCUUGUAAAACUGGAUUUAGUGGGGAUGGUUAUUCUUGCACAGCAUGUGAUAGUACACAUUAUGGUGUUGGCUGUUCCUCUCCGUGCACGUGUAUUGAGGAUAAUACAGUGGACUGUAAUGACGUCACUGGACAGUGUAAUUGUAAGAAAACAUGGAAUGGAACAAACUGUGAUGUAGAUGUCAAUGAAUGUGAUCUAGGGACAAAUGACUGCAACUCCACCAUCGAGAUCUGUGUUAACCGCGAUGACGGGUGGAAUUGUUCUUGUCUACAUGGAUCAACAAAUGGAGUUUGUAAUGAAAUGACAACAUCAACGAUGACAGAGAGUACAUACGAAAGUGCCCAGACAACAGUCCAAAGCACGGUCGAAUCAUCAAAGAGUACUGAAGCUAGUCCAACAACAACAGGACGAAGUGAAAGCACUACAAAAGAAAUGACCACAUCAACGAUCACAGAGAGUACAUACGAAAGUGCCCAGACAACAGUCCCAAGCACGGUUGAAUCGUCACAGAGUACUGAAGCUAGUCCAACAACCACAGGAGGAAGUGAAAGCACUACAAAAGACAUUACAACAACAACAAUGACAGAGAGUACAUACGAGAGUACCCAGACAACAGUCCAAAGCACGGUCGCAUCAUCACAAAGUACUGAACCUAGUCCAACCACCACAGGAGGAAGUGAGAGCACUACUAAAGAGAAAGUAACCGCAUACGUCCCUCAAACUUCUGAGGUUAAACUUGGAGUAGUUGUGACCUUCAGAAAGAACAUAUCACUUACUAAUUAUGACCAAGUAGUGAAAACCAUGGAAUCAUCGCUAACGAAUUUCUACAAAAACAGGAUUACUGGAUUCAUCAAAGUACUCAUCCUUGUGAUAAGGAGAGGAAGUACAAUUGUUGAACACGAAGUUAUCGCGAACAAAACAGAAAAGGCAAACCAGGAUCUUGUGACAUCCAUGUUUAUUUUGUCUAAAAGCAACAUAAAGUACGAAAAUGAGAACCUAACAACUUCGUCUGUGUUAGUAAAAGAUGACACUGGAAGGAAACUAGUUAUUACCAAUACUUCCUCAAAAUGCGAUGUAUAUGUAAUCAGCAAUCCAUGCGGGGAAAAUGAAAAAUGUGUAGAAGACGAAAAAAUAGCUUAUUGUCGCACAGAAACAAGAGAUUCGAAUGACAACUUUCAAUUGAUUCUGGGACUGGGAGUCGGAAUAACGCUAUUGACCAUUGCAAUUUUCAUUGGAAUCAUCAUUUUUUGCUACUUUCGAAGAAGGCGACACCUCAAAGAUACAUCGUUAUCGUCUUCUGAUGUUAAUUUUGAGAAUACGUUUGACGAACAAGGAAUGUAUUUUGUUUCGAGAAUGCCGACUAAGAUCGACAGCUGGGGUCGGUAUGGGUCUCCAUAUUCACCGCAUCAUAUUUGGUCAGAAGAACCCGAAGGCGGCAGAGCAAGAGAUGGAUUUGAUGACUUUAAUAUUACAAGAGAACCUAACAGUUAUGACAAUGCUGAACAGUCAAGAUUUUCAUGGGAUUUCAUGUGUCAAGCUUUACAACCAAACGAAAAGUUUAAAAUAAAACGCCCGGAAUUUAGCACAAAGCCACUGAAUCCCGAGUGAUAAUGCUGAAAAUAGGAAUUUUCAACCUUUCCUUAGAAACUGCAGCAUGAACUCAUUUGCUCAAUCAUUAUUUUUCUGUUUUUAUGUCUUAAAACCAUUUAAAUACUUAUCAUAAAAACAACUGGGACAGAAAAAUGUAUUUUUGAAUAAUUAUUAUAGUGUAAUGGAAAACAUGACUUAUUAGUAUAUAAGUAGAUAUGAAUGGAAUAUGUUUACUAAAACUUUUGAAUAUAUAACCCACUUUUAUACAUAAAGUUUGAUUAGAAAAGCAAAUAAACAUGUAAGUAGGUAUUUAUAUUUUUUUUAUCAUGUAGUUAGACAUGUGACAUCCCAGGUGCUUUUAAAAAAGAGGGUUUUUUUUCAAGAGAUGCUUAUAAUAAUUGUAUAUUUGCAUAUUUGAUGAUCUUGUGUCUGUGAUGCUAUUAUAUAUUUACUUUUUAAUACUUUACUUGUUAUUAUAUAGUUAUCAUAUAUACAUAUUAAAACCAUUUGUAUUUCGAUUUUUAAUAAAAAUAUUA